AUGGUUUGUGUUUGUCGAUGUGAUUUGUUUUUUGUCUUUUUGUUUGUGGAAGGAAAUGCGAUUGGAGUUAUUCCUUAUCGGGUCCGUGUCAAUGAAGAGGAUGGUGAACUCUUUGCUGUUGAUGAAGUUAAUAUCAACAUUGUUCGAAUCACCCCACCACUGUCUCAAUAUAGUCGAGGAAGAUUGGUAGCUGGGUCAUUUCAGGGAUACACUGAUCAUGUGGAUGGAAAACCUAGUGAUGCUCGGUUUAAUCAUCCCAAAGGUAUAGCUAUGGAUGAUAAAGGGAAUGUUUAUGUUGCUGAUACUCAGAAUCUUGCCAUCAGAAAAAUCGGAGAUUCUGGUGUGACAACCAUUGCUGGAGGAAAGUCAAAUGUUGCUGGCUAUAGAGAUGGACCGAGUGAAGAUGCUAAGUUCUCAAAUGAUUUCGAUGUGGUAUAUGUUCGACCAACCUGUUCCUUGUUAGUCAUUGAUAGAGGAAAUGCUGCCCUUCGGAAAAUUAUUCUUGACCAAGAUGACUGUGAUUACCAAUCAAGUUCAAUUUCAAUUACAGGUUUAACUUCUUAUCUCAUGUUUGCUAUGCUUGUAUCACACUUUGUGGACUACUACGAAAAUCAACGUUCUUGCUACGAUGAUUUACAUGCAUUUCGGUCAUGUCAUAUUUUUGUUGAGUUAGGAAGGGUAGUAACUAGUAAUAUAACUGGACUGAAAUUGAAGUAA